CAGGUCACCCUGUCAUAUUCCUGACGGGUUCACAGCGUCUCGCUCUAUCAUGAUGAUGAUGGACUAGCGGUCUUCGUGAAGAACUCAAUCGCAGCUUUCAGUUCAGGGAGGGCCUGUAACCCCUGCCUUGCCAUGUCCCUACCAUACAGUACAAACAUGACCGGAGGCAUCUCGGGACCAGCCUUGCCACCUCUCUCUAGUAGCCUUGGAUCCGGUCUGGCCUUGGAUACCACGCUCGGUGCUUAUUUGAUAGGUACGUUCUGCAGCCUACCGCUCUACGGGUUGAGCGUACACCAGCUCUACCGCUACUGUCGACUGUUCCCCAAGGAUACGACAUAUAUUAGAAUCUUGGUGGCUAUCGUUAUGCCACUCGAAACGAUGCAUGCCGCCGCGUUAAUGCACUCAUGCUACUACUAUCUCACAACGAAUUACGACAACCCGAAUGCGCUUCUCGAGACGCCAGUCUGGUCUGUAGCAGUCGUGCCUCUCCUAUCUACCGUGGUCGGCUUAAUCGCUGAGAUAUUCUUUGCCUGGAGGGUCUCCAUGCUCGGUUCCUGGCACAAGAUUAUCGCCAUCAUCGCAAUACUAUGCCUCCUGACACAGAUUGGCUGCAGCUCAGUGUCGGUCAGGCAGAUGUAUGUUACGGGGACAUUCGAAGUGAGCGAAUCGAAAGCAUUGGAUUGGGUCGCACGCAUCGGUUACGGCUUCACCGCCCUCGCCGACAUACUCCUCUCUGGGUGCAUCAUUCGCGCUUUGAGGCGUAGCAGGGCUCGUCACGAACAGACUGACACGCUACUAGACGUCUUUAUGCUCUAUGUUGUGAACUCCGGUCUUCUGAUAGGUCUAUGCAGCACUGCCGCCUUCGUCUUGACUGUGGCUGACCCUAACGAGCUGCGCUGGGCGUCGUUUAACAUCAUCACAUGCAGACUGAGCGCCAACACUUUGCUCUCCGUCUUGAACUCGCGCCGCCUGUUCAUAAGUUGCGGCAUGGAGAUAUUCCACGGCAACUUGAAGGCCCUCGGCAGGAGUAUCAUCGCCCGCGCGAACGAGCUCGCUAAAGCAGAGCGCUGGGACGUGCCUCAGGUCCCCGAUAACAGCGCCGCACAGAUACAAGUGGGCGUCAAGACGGAGGUGGAGACGGACAGCUCAGGCGGACGGCCCGAGAGCGAGGAGUGUCCGCAUCUUCGCAUGGACCUCAAGUUCGGUGGCCUAUUGGAGGACGUCUAGAGUCGCGCGAAGGGCUGCGCUAGUCGCGGGCGGCACGCAUGCAUCUGGACGUGGCGGGUGAUGACGAAUAUCUUGUUAUCACGGGCUUCUCAGUAUCUUUGUUUUGGAUCUUGUACUGUAAUACAGUAUUUCCUUAACGCACAGCUAAUAUUCAUGCGCUGGAAACC